AUGGCCAACUACCUGGUUCGACAGGACAAGAUAAGAAAUCUCGGUCAACUACGUGCUUGUUCCACAGGUUUCUGUGGCCGUAUAUCGAGCUUCGACUUCGUCGAUGUAGGAGUGGGUAAAGAGGGUGGAUCGGCCAGGAAAGUUAGAGAAAACCUUUCCUUCUACACCUCCAACACCCAUCUACGUCAUGUCAUUCUUGCCUGCUCUGCCGCCGAUAUCCCAGCAUCGUUGGUGUCGACACUGCCGAUCGAGAAAAUAACGCUGGUGGAAUCGUUCCCUAUCCCCGCAGCACUGACAGAGCUACCACUGCGAGUCACACGAUUCACGACAUUGUUCACGCCUCCACCUUCACCCAAGUCACCACGAUCCCGCGGACGAAACGGACCUCAGCUCCAGCUCAUGCAGCAGGAAGGUGGUGAAGGUGGAUCUACGUGGCUAGUGAUUCAACCUGAAAGAGCAAAAUCCCAGAUGAACAGACCGAGACGGAGAGACCAUUCCGAAGACAACGAUUCGAACUUGAGUAUCUCGAUUGGGCCGGAUAAUACUGUCAGUGUGGACAGUGGGCGACGGAGACGUAUCAUGGGUUGA